AUGAAGAAAUUUUUCAAAUCCGAUACUAUGAAAAAGGAAACCGAAGAUUCCUUCGAUUUACGAUCAGAUAAAGAAUUAUGUUUUCUCAAGGAACUAGAUAUGGAAGCAGAGAUGCAAACGGAAACGUUUGCAAAAAGAAUGCAAGCAGAUGAAGAUCUAUUAAAUUUUAACCAGAUCUCAGCGUAUUGCCGAUCUAUGAAUAAAAAUCAUUAUAAACUAAUACCUACACCAUCCGAAUUCUCAAAUUUGUCUUGGGACUAUUAUGAAAUAGAAAAUAUGAAACAAAAUAAAAUUAUUAAUUCAACAAAACAUUUCAACGAUUCAAAUCCAAUUGCACCAAUAUUAACUUUAUCUACACCUAUAAUAUCAGAUGAUCAAGGGAAAACUACAGACGAGAAAGUUAUGGACCAUAUGGAUUCUGCAGAUUUCAUAUCAAAAUCAAUGUCUAAGGAUAAAUUAUUACAAGGCCAGAUAUUAGCAGAAUACGAAGUACACAGAAAAGUUACGGAAUGUAAUUAUCCAUUUAAAGCUGGAGUAAUGAGCUUACCGGAAUCGUCUAUUAUGGAACCGUCCCAUACGGAAUCGUCCCAUGCAGAGUCUUCCUUUACGAACUCUUUUGAACCAGGGAUUGCGCCAUCGAAUACACCAAUACUUCAAUCUAAGGACACUUCAGUGGAAAAUUUUGAAGUAAAAGAAUCUACAGAUUCAACGAUAAAUAUUCACGAUAUUGGAAACAUUUCAUCUACAUCUAUAUCAGAUAGUCAACCGAAAACUACAAAUGAUGAGGAAAUUAUGGACUCUAUGAAUUCUGCAGAAUUGAUAUCAACACAGAUGUCUAAGAAAGUGGAAGUGGAAGAUAAUGAAAAAAAAGAAUCUACAGAUUUAACGACAAAUAUUCACGAUAGUGUAAACAUUUCAUCUACAUUUAUAUCAGAUAGUCGACCAGAAACUACAAAUGAUAAGGAAAUUAUGGUCUCCAUGAAAAUUUAUGAUAACGCUCAAAAAGACAAAAAACCGGAAGACAUUCAAGAUACGAAAGUAAAAAUUCAUCCAAAGAAAUGUCCGUCGAAAUGUUUCAUAUAUUUGAAAUGUUUCAUAAUCUUGUUAAUAUUAAUUCUAUCUUUAUUUUUAUUUCAAUUUUAUUUCCGUUUUGGGCAUAUGCGUAUGGUUAAGAAUGGUGAACACGCUAUCACUUUUGCGACUGCUAUUUGCAAAUUUGAAUUGAAGGAAAAAAUAUUCGAUCACUGGAUUCCAUUAGACCAGGUAUUAGCAGAUGACGAUGCAUGCACAAAAGGCAAGGAAUGUAACUAUCUACUUAAAAACGAAAUAAUGAACUUACCGGGUUCGCCAUCGGAACUGUUUCCUACGGAAUCGUUUGGUACGGAAUCGAACGCUACUAAAGUCGUGCGACCAAAAUCUUCCUUUACGAAUCCUACUGAACUAUGGAUUGCGCCACUAAAUACGCCAAUACAUGAUUAUUGUCUAACAUCAUUUGUAGAAGAUAUAAACAUUUAUGAUUACGUAACAGAAUUAAACUUGAUUGAAAAGGAAGAAUCGAAGAAUUAUCAAAAUAACGAAAAAGAAAAUUGUCAGGAAAUUGAUAAGAUACCAUCAUUAGAAUCUGCGGAUGCUUCAGUGGAAAAUUUGGAACUACACAGAAUGUAUCUACAAAUUUGA